AACUCCAAAUUUUCAGACAAAAUAUGGAAGCUGUCUCUCACUAAACCCUAGUACCCUUUUCUUCUUCCCUCUCUUCUCUCCUCCUCCUCCUCCGCUCUGCCUCUCUGCUUUUCGAAUCAGUGAACAAAAAUGUCGAUUCCUUGUCUAACCGAAGAGACGGCCAAAACGGUUCUGCGCCAGGUGGAGUUCUACUUCAGCGAUAGCAAUCUUCCAAUCGAUGAUUUCCUUAAGAAGACGGUCACCGAGAGUGAAGACGGCUUGGUUAGCUUGGCGUUGAUAUGUUCCUUCAGUAAGAUGAGAACACAUUUGAAGUUGGGUGAUUCGAAAGGAGAUGAGAUUCCUGAAGAUACGAUCAAAGCUGUUGCUGAUACUCUUCGCACCUCUUCGGCUCUCAAGGUUUCUGAAGACGGGAAAAAGAUUGGUAGGAGCACAGAAUUGUUGAAGCUAGAAGAUUUGGUUGAGCAACUUAAUGCGAGAACAGUAGCUGCUUCACCAUUCUCGUAUGAUGUUAAAAGGGAAGACGUGGAAGCGUUUUUCAGUCAGUAUGGAACGGUUAAUAGUGUUAGGAUGCCUCGUCAUGUAGCAGAGACGAGAGUGUUUUGUGGCGUUGCCUUGGUUGAGUUCCCUACAGAAGAGGAUGCCCAAAAUGUUAUGAAGCAAAAUUUGGUCUUCGCUGGUCUCGAGUUGGAGAUGAAACCAAAGAAAGAGUUCGAUGAGGAAAGGGAGAAGGAUGAAGAGAAGUUCGCUAACUACCGUCCACAAAAGGCUGCUGCAAACCAGAAGAACGGUUUUGAGCAUAAGAACGGUUCUGAUUAUGAGGCAAAUUAUCCCAAGGGUUUGAUCAUUUCAUUCACGCUCAAGCGCGCAGCUGAAGAGGGUGCCAUGGAACAAAAGAGUUCUGAGGAGCCAACCGAGAAGACAAUGCAAGAAAAUGUGUCAGAGCCAGCAGAUAAUCCUGAUGCUGACAAAGAAAACACUGAUCAGGUUCAGGGCCAAGGAACAGAGGGUGAAGUUGAUGAGGAGUCUUCUGAUUCUCCAACUAAAAAUGGAGAGCGGGAAGAAAAAGGGGGUGCUCUAGCUACCCAUAAAGAUAACAAAGAUGUUGUCUUGCGUGAAGAUCUCAAGGCCGUUUUUGGAAAAUUUGGUGAUGUCAAGUUUGUGGAUUUCAAAAUGGGAGCCGAGACGGGAUACCUUAGGUUUGAUGAACCAGAAGCAUCUCAGAAAGCGCGUGCAGCAGCAGUAUUAGCCAAAGAAGGUGGACUAGCCGUGAAGAAUUUCAUCGCUGUCCUAGAACCUGUUACCGGCGAAGCUGAAAAGGAGUACUGGGGUCUCCUUCGCAGCAAAGAUCGUUUUGACAAGGGUGGCCGUGGAGGAAGGGGAGGAAAACGAGGAGGGAGGUUUGGGCGAAAGAGGGGAUCUGAUUCCCCGAGUGGUGGUCGCUGGAACAAAGCUCAGAAAGUCGAGGCAUGAUCAUCACACUUUCUAUCUUACUCUCUUUAGCUCGUGACUUGUUGUUUCUGCUUUUUAAUAUAUUUCUAGUUGCUACCUUUAUUUAUGUAUACCUCACUGUCGAAACCUUUUAUUAUCUACUUGCGACUUCUUGUGAUGUCUUUCACUAGAAAUCAGCAAAGCAAGUUAUAGUAUGUAGUUGCUAUUUGGCAAGUUUUGGUUUAGAUCAUCAUAUAUGGUUUCGUUUUUACCUCUCUGCUUAUUAUGCACAUUUCGGUUUCCUAUUUUAGAUCUAUCUUAUGUUUUUGUUUUUUUUUGGAAAGUUUAUCUAAAACUACUAAUAGAGAGAGAAUCUAAAACUAUU